AUGGGCCAGCCAUCUCCUGUCAGCCCUAUAACGUCACCAAAACCAGCCUUGGUUCAAUAUAACAAUCUACAACAUUCUUCGAUAACACUACCUUCAAUCCACUCCUUGAAUAUCCCAACCUUCCCGCCCAUUGAAAAAAAUUAUACUUUGGAACAACAAACUUAUACUUCGUCGCCACCUUUACAACAAGUAUCUUCGCCUCAACAAGGAGAUGAACACUACUAUGAUCAUCACCACCAUCAGUCAUUGGACAAUCACUUCUUUCAGCUUAAGGAUGAGAUAAAAAAAGAAGACUCUUUACCUUCUCUAUCACCAGAAAGUAAAAAGAAUUGGAAACCACGCAAGAAAAGACAAUGUUCUGAGUGUAAAUUAUACUUCUCCAACUUGGCAACCCACAAGUCAACGCACUUAAAGCCAACAAAUCGUCCUCACAUUUGCGAGUAUUGUCAACGAGGCUUUGCAAGACCAAAUGAUUUGUUCAGACACACUAAAUGCCACUGGAAGGAGAUUGGUAGUGAUAAAGGUCAAUUCAAGUGUCCCUUUAAAUCACAAAGUAAUUCGCAAUGUUGUCAUAAUACGGGUAUAUUUUCAAGAUGCGAUACGUUUAAAAAUCACUUGAAGGCUAUUCAUUUCCAAUACCCCAAUGGCACUAAAAAGGAACAAAGGUCAAAAGUAAAGGGAAAAUGUCGACUAUGCCAACAAGAGUUUGAAAAUGUUGACGACUGGAUUAAGAACCAUAUUAAUUCAAAAUCAUGUCCUAUGAUGACGACCGCGACGAAAGAUCCAACAACUUAUAAUACCUAUGGUUUCAACUCCCCCAAGGAUCUAUUCAGUUCAGUGACCUUAGAGUCGAGAGUAAGUCCCUUUGAAUUAGACAUGUACCUCCAUAAAUCAAACUCAACCUAUUUUCUUGAUUUGGAUAUUGCGAGAACAAAGUUGCUUAUAAGAUUAUUACAAUCAUAUUGGUGGCACUCGUUUGAGAAUAAAUCUGGUAAAUUUGGUAAAUCAAAAAGGAAAAUUGCAAAUUUCCCUUAUGCCCCCAUUGCAAUUGUCAAAUGUCAAUUCAAAAGAGAAUUGAAACCUUUUGAAAAAUUUCAUAUAAAUUCAAGAAUCUUGGCUUGGGAUAAAAAAUGGUUAUUUGUAUUGAGUACAUUUACUACAAAGAACCUGCACAAUUCUCAAAUGGACAAAGUCAAUGCCGUAGCAUUAACUAAAUAUGUAUUCAAAAUUGGCAGGAUAACUAUACCACCAAUUGAAAUUUUGAAUCACUGUAAUUUAAUCGAUGAAAAAAAUUUGGAAACAAAUUUAGUCAAUUACGAGUUGGUGAAAAACUUGGUUGACACAGAAGGUUUGGAAAGUAUAGCGAUUACAGCCGCCUUAUAG